ACAUGAUUCAUUGGAAUUAAAUUAGGUCAAAAGAGGGCAAUUCCGUCAAAAUCGAAAAAACCGCACUAAUAUAUAAACCCUUCACUUUGUAACCCUGUUUACUCUUACUCCACUCUCAUUCUCUUCCUUGCUGCUAGGGUUUUAGCGCAUCCUUCAAAGAACUUUUUGUGGUUUUAAACUUUUAAGGACAAUGGGUAAGGAAAAGGUUCACAUUAACAUUGUUGUCAUUGGCCAUGUCGACUCUGGGAAGUCAACUACCACUGGUCACUUGAUCUACAAGCUUGGAGGUAUUGACAAGCGUGUGAUUGAGAGGUUUGAGAAAGAAGCUGCUGAGAUGAACAAGCGUUCAUUCAAGUAUGCUUGGGUUCUUGACAAGCUCAAGGCUGAGCGUGAAAGAGGUAUCACAAUUGACAUUGCUCUGUGGAAGUUUGAGACCACUAAGUACUACUGCACUGUCAUUGAUGCCCCUGGACACAGGGAUUUCAUUAAGAACAUGAUUACUGGUACAUCCCAAGCUGAUUGUGCUGUUCUCAUCAUUGAUUCCACCACUGGUGGUUUUGAAGCUGGUAUUUCCAAGGAUGGUCAGACUCGUGAACAUGCUCUCCUUGCUUUCACUCUUGGUGUGAGGCAAAUGAUCUGCUGCUGCAACAAGAUGGACGCCACUACUCCCAAGUACUCCAAGAGCAGGUAUGAUGAAAUUGUGAAGGAAGUAUCAUCCUACAUGAAGAAGGUUGGCUAUAACCCAGAUAAAAUUCCAUUUGUUCCCAUCUCUGGUUUUGAGGGAGAUAACAUGAUUGAGCGCUCUACAAAUCUUGACUGGUACAAGGGUCCAACACUUCUUGAGGCUCUUGAUCAAAUCAAUGAGCCUAAGAGGCCAUCAGACAAGCCCCUCCGACUACCUCUUCAGGAUGUCUACAAGAUUGGAGGAAUUGGAACUGUUCCUGUGGGACGUGUUGAGACUGGUACCAUGAAACCUGGAAUGGUGGUGACUUUUGCUCCAACUGGACUGCAAACUGAAGUCAAGUCUGUGGAGAUGCAUCAUGAAUCUCUCACUGAGGCACUUCCCGGUGACAAUGUGGGAUUUAAUGUUAAGAAUGUUUCUGUCAAGGAUCUCAAGCGUGGUUAUGUUGCCUCAAACACCAAGGAUGACCCAGCCAAGGAGGCUGCUAACUUCACAUCUCAGGUGAUUAUCAUGAAUCACCCUGGCCAGAUUGGAAAUGGUUAUGCCCCUGUUCUUGACUGCCACACCUCCCACAUUGCAGUCAAGUUUGCUGAGCUUGUUACUAAGAUUGACAGGCGUUCUGGUAAGGAGAUCGAGAAGGAGCCUAAAUUCCUGAAGAAUGGAGAUGCUGGUAUUAUUAAGAUGAUUCCCACCAAGCCCAUGGUGGUUGAGACUUUCUCUGAAUAUCCUCCACUUGGCCGUUUUGCUGUCAGAGAUAUGCGGCAAACUGUGGCUGUUGGGGUUAUCAAGGGUGUGGAGAAGAAGGAACCUGGCACAGCUAAGAUAACUAAGUCAGCAGCCAAGAAGAAAUGAACCGUGCAGGAUGAUUUUCCUUGGGAAGUUUAUAGUCGUUAUUACAAUAAAUGGUUUGUGGUUCUUAGUAUUUCUAUUUCGUGUCUUGUUAAGUUGUUUUUUGGAUUAAGUGUGAAGUCUGCACCGUCAUCUCCCAGCUUUUGUUCCCAGAACUGGGUUCUAGAUCGACGGUGGCAUGACUAGUUAUUUUUCUUGUUUCUGCUUUAAUUGUCUUGUCUUGUGUGAACACCUGAAUUUUACAAGCAGCAAGUUUCCGGACCUGCUGUUUGUUUUUAAUAUCAACUCUAUAUCUGCGUGUUUA